UUACCCGGAAAGAAAAUAACAGGCGCGUCGAGUAUUCUCCCACAUGACUGUGUUUUAUGAAGUAGACAUUGGAUUCAAAUACAAACAUAAAAAAGAAGAAGUCUCGGUUAUAACUUCAGGGACUCUUAAAGUAAGUUUUAAUGGAUUCCUCUGCUAGUCUCAGACAUUACUUGAAUGAUAAUAGCGGACCUUUAAUCCUGGAUGGGGGACUGGCAACUGAACUGGAGGCGCAGGGAAUCAAAUUACAGGGAGAUCCUCUGUGGAGCUCCAGGCUUCUGCACACAGACCCCCAGGCCAUUAAAGAUGCUCACUACAGGUUUCUGCUCAGUGGGGCUGAUGUUAUCACCACAGCGACGUACCAGGCGAGUGUUUCUGGAUUUAUAAAUCACCUGGACGUGAGCUGUGAACGAGCCAGAGAGCUGCUGAUGUCCGGAGUUCACCUCGCAAAAGAGACGGUGGAGAGAUUUGUUUCUGAGACUCUUCCAACAGGGCGGAGGCGUCCGCUGGUGGCCGGUUCUGUUGGACCGUACGGGGCGUUUCUGCUGGACGGCUCCGAGUACACCGGGGCUUACGCAGAGAAGAUGAGUGUGGAGGAUUUUAAAGUUUGGCAUCGGCCGCAGAUCGAGGGUCUGGCAGCAGCGGGGGCCGACUUUAUGGCUUUUGAGACAAUCCCGAGUCUGAAGGAGGCGCAGGCUCUGGUGGAUCUGCUCAGAGAGUUCCCCGACGUUAAAGCCUGGCUCUCCUUCUCCUGUAAGGACGGGCGGUGUAUCUCAGACGGCAGCUUGUUCUCGGAGGCGGUGCAGACUGUGAUCAGAUCCCAGCAGCUGGUGGCGGUCGGGGUGAACUGCUGCCCCCCCGCCCUGCUGCAGCCACUGCUGGACUCUGCAGCGGCUCUGAGGACGGACACCAGCUGGGUGGUUUACCCCAACAGUGGAGAGGAGUGGAACUCUGAGCACGGGUGGAAAACGUCACAGACAGCUUCAGAAUUGAUACCUAAACUGAGUCACACCUGGAUGAAGCAAGGAGCUGCUUUGAUCGGCGGUUGCUGCCGUAUCGGUCCCGCUGAGAUCGCAGAGUUACGUCGGGAGUUGAAGGGAAGCAUCUCGACUGCAGAGUGACUGAACACAAGGAAGCUGAACAAAACCUAGAUUGAUCUAUUCAAUUAUAAUUCAGAUCACAGAGCAGAGGCCUUUUUGAUUUUCCAGGCUGUUCCUUCAGGGAGAAUACAAUUAAUGUUCUUAUGUUCCCAAUCCUGAAUCUUUCAUUUGAAACUAUUCUACCAGAUUACUUGGUUUAAAAUAAAAGUUAUACAUAUUUAAAUUUAAACAAUCAUCAUUCUGUAGGUUCUGUAAUAUUUUCUAUUAUCUUAUUUGUUGAAGAUUCUGGAUGAAAACUGUCCCCAAAUAAUAAAUACAGUGAUCCUGUCUAUAUUCAAUGCUCAAUUAAGAACUAAUCUACAGAAGAAGUCCUUUGAAAAGCCUUGGAGAGAGACGGGUAAUCCUCAGAAACAAAACUCUAUGAAGGAUAUCCAAGAUUAAAGUCAUACAUUUAAGAGCAAGCAUCCCAGUUAUUCUCUGUGAUUAAAGUGGUAAAAUAACCGGGAAAAGAAUAACAAGAAAACUAGAAUAUUCUCUGAUAUUAUUGAAUCAAACAUUUGGAUAAACGUAAUAUUUUCUGAGCUCAAAUUCACAAGAAAAUUGUGUAAAAACUUCAUAGAAUUUACGAGAAAUGUUGACUUUAUAGUGAGAGAAUAUUCCAUUUUUUCACACAAAUGUACCAUUUACAUAUCUGAGAGAUAAUACCCAACUUGUUUUGUCAUCAAUGAACAACUUUUCAAAUUGACAUUUUACCCCUCUCCUAAAUCUACAAUUGAAUCAUUACUUUUUGCUCCAAUUAACCUAAUCCGAAUCUAAGUUUUAUAAAUAAUAGAAGCACCUUUCUUUGGAAAAACCCAGUAAAGUUUCCAUAUAUUUUAUUGACUGAAGGAAACCAACACAUUUAGUUGUAUUUUGUUAUUUAAUUGAAUGUAAUUGUCUUUUUUUCUGGGGCUUAUAUUGUCAUGUUAUGUGUAUUUUUUACCUGAAUUAAAUAAACAAAAAUAAACGAAGAGGAUUUUUCCACAAAUGUAUAAAAAUCUUAAUUUAUUGGAAAAGCAAUAAUAAAUAAAGCAGUACAUUUAAA